AUGGAGCGUUUCACGGUUCAGCUAGCCAACGUCCACUGCGACGAGUGCUCUAUCAGCAUCCACCGCGCUCUCAAAGAAGUCUUUGAUGUAACCGAGUUCAACAGAAUCGUGUGCCAUGACAGAACGGCUGACAAGACAAGGCCCCCCGUUGUUGUGUUUCUGAGCGACGGCGAGCUGGUCAUUGUUGGCCCGGGCGCCGACCUUGCUGCGAACGAGGCCCGUGUGCUGCGCAAGCUCGAGAGUUGCGGCUUUGAUGUCAUUUCUUGGGACAUCUCGAACGACCAGUCCAGGCCCUCGUGGACGGAGCCGGCGAAUCUGGUUUUGCUCAAGGCAAAACGGAUAUUUGCCACCGGCACGCGCCAAAAACACCACCGCGAUCACUGCAAGAAGUGUCGCGAGGAGUACGAGAAGCAUGGGGGCCCCGAGCUGCUGCAACGGCUCAAACGCAGAACACACUCGGAUUCAGAGGACAGCACCGUUGUGGACGUGGAGGUGAAGACCGAGCCGCUAAAGGAGUACCGUGCUCUGCUCAGCUGUGCCGCUUACACAGAACGACAAGCCUGUCUUCAGUGUGUCGCUGAUCGAUGGCGUGUGCACUGUGCUGCUGCCGGAGCGUCAGUAUGUGAACCACGUGAUCAACGCCUUGCGCGAGGCCGGCUUCGAGUGCAGCCUGCUGGAGAUGCUACCGGUCGAGCGGUCGCAGAAAUACGAGGUGGUGACGCUAAUUGGCGGGAUGACGUGCAGCGCGUGCGCGCAGACGAUCAGCCAGGCGGUCGACGAGAGCUGUCCGUUUGUGCUGGAGCGCAACAUCAACAUCGUCAGCAAGCAGGGCCUAUUUAUUCUGGAGUCGGCGAGCGACGCAGACUUGCAGCGGCUGCGGCAGUGCGUGGAGGACGUUGGGUACGACUUUGA